AGCAUUUCACAGAAAAGGAAUUUCAGCACAGCUGCAUAUGCUGUAACAAGACAGUCAAGCAAUCCUGCCUGCACUGACAAAUACGCCCUGUGUUUGUUUUUUUUAAUUCAUUAUUAUUUGAAGAGAAACCAAUAAUCAUCUGAAGGACUCAGGGUCAAGGGUUUCACGCUUUUUACACUUUUCUUACUGCAAAUGGCAUCAUUUUGAUCAGAGUUUCUUCACAACCUUGAAGCAAUAACAACUCACCUUACCUGAGAGCUCAGAGAUUGAUCAUGACUUCAGUGCUGGGGUUUGCCUUGCUGGGUUUGGCUCUGAUAGCAGGGCCUUGUGUGGCCUUUAUCCCCAUCGGAGGUGGAUCGUCCACUCAUGUCAGUAUCACAGGAAUGGCCCUGCUGGGGAAAGUGAAGGAGGUGUGUCAGGCAGUGGCUGAUGAAGGCGGUUAUGAGUUCAAACCCACGGGUUCUUCUCCCGAGGAACUGGUCCAGGGCUGCCUCGGACCCACAGCAACAGGAAUCGUCUCAGGCGCCAAAUUUCACACCGCUCUUCAAGAAAUCUACACACAGAAUGGACUGGUAGACCGAGACUUUUCCAACAGUGCUCCGCACCAUUUCAACUCAGAGACUUUCAAUGAGGGCCGUGGCCUAAUCCUGGAGGGCAUGGGAGCCAUUAAGGCUAACAUUCGCUCGGAGAGCUACAAGGCUGCCAGAGAAGCACUGGGCAGAGUCCUUCAUACACUCCAGGACUUCUAUAGCCACAGUAACUGGGUGGAGCUGCAAAACACAGAACCAUAUAUCAACCUCCUACGCCCAGAUCUGCCACUGGACAACCUGGCAGAUGUGAACACUCCCACCUGCAGUGACUGUGAAAGUGGAUCUUGUCCCAAUCCCAUCCUUCCCAACAUCCUGCGUGAAAAGAAGCUUACAUCAGGCUACAUGGGAGUCUACUUUUCUUCCAAACCUAAAGGUAAAUGUAGCCAUGGAGGUAAAGGUGACCUGACAAGCACUAUUGUUCCUCGUGGUGGCAUCAGCAAAGACGAGCGUCGCUUUGACAACAUAGCUGCCCACAAUGCUGCUGUGAAUUUAGCCACAAGUGCAAGUACCCAGCUCCUGGAGGACAUCGUCUUGGCUGUCGGGAACAAGGAAUUUCUGAAAAUGAUGGGGAUUGCCCGCUCAUCUGUGGUGUGCUUUGUCAUUGACACCACUGGCAGUAUGUCUGAUGACAUCGCUGAAGCAAGGAAAGUUGUUUAUGAAAUCAUUGACAGCAAAAAAGGAACACAGGACGAGCCCUCUGAGUACAUCCUGGUGCCCUUCAAUGACCCGGACUUUGGACCCAUGUUCAGAACAGAAGACCCUGAUAAGAUGAAGAAAGCCAUCUCAGAUCUCAAACCUCGAGGGGGAGGUGACAUCCCUGAGAUGUGUCUGUCAGCACUUCAGUUGGCUCUCACUGGUGCCCCAUCGUCUUCCCACAUCUAUGUUUUCACUGAUGCUGCAGCAAAAGACAUUGAACUCAAGGACACCAUUGCUGCUCUCAUCAGAACCAGCAAGUCUACGGUGUCAUUCUUCAUGACUAGCAGAAGUAAGAAGCGCCGUCGCAGGGCCACAAGUAGUGCCUUUGAUGCCUACAAGGAACUGGCUCUGGCCUCUGGAGGCCAGGCCAUUGAGGUGUCCAAGAAACAGCUGCCUCAGGCCACAGGUGUUAUCCGUGAUACCUCAACCUCAGCUCUGGUAGGACUCAGCUGUUCCACUGAUUUAUAAGAUAAGACAACAGCU